AUGAUUGUUGCUGGUGGGACACACGGUCUAUUUGUAUUAGAAUCCAACUUUCCUAUUGGCGAUAAGGUCAUGGCUAUUGGCGAUGGGGAAAAUGAUGUUGAGAUGCUCGACCUGGCUUCUCUCGGUGUUGCUCUGAGUAACGGAUCAGAGAAGGCUAAAGCAGCAGCGAAUGUCAUUGGUAUUAGCAAUGAUGAAGACGGAGUUGCUGAUGCCAUCUAUCGUCUACAAGAACUAACAAAGCUGCCCAAACGUCACACACAGGCUUUUCAGGCAUUUGCUUUAUUCAUUCAUGAGCUUGAUUCGAACUUCUUGCACGGCCUAAGAGAUCGACCCUACGAGCAUAAUGCUCAUCUGGACUUUCAUUAG